AUGUUCACUCUCAAGGCUUGCUUGUGGGCUGCAGUGGCUACUGCCAUGCCUCUAAUCGAGUUGUCGACGAGAGAAGUAGCCAGGAUGGAUGAGCUGGAGAGGAACAAGCCAGUGGCUAUCAGACAAAACCCACCUCUGAUGGGUAGAGCCAACAGAAUCGUCCCUGUUGUCGUGGGCGGCCCCCAGGAUACUUUCGUACCCAACAUGAUCCGAGCAGCAGCUGGCGAUGUGAUUCAGUUCCAGUUCAGCUCUGGAAACCACACAGUCACUCAAAGUGCAGAGGAGUCACCCUGCCAGCCCCUACAAGCGACACAGUCUGGUGUAAUCCACAGUGGGCACAUUCCCUUCGAGGCUGGCCAGACCACCGUCGGAACUUUCAGUGUCGUUCUUACCAACACUGAACCUAUCUACCUGUACUGCGCAACCGGACCGCAUUGCCAGAUUGGUCAGGUGAUGGCCAUCAACCCACCUAGCGAGGAGAACUUGGUUCAGUUCAAUAAGAAGGCAGCCGGUGCGCUGGCGAAUAUUGAUGGUGGUGAUCCUACGGGUGGAACAGUGGGAGAGAUCCCUCUGGCAGAUGCGGCGUUUACUCCAGCUGCUGAGGAAGAGGCUCCUCCCCCUCCCCCUGCUGAUACUCCUGCAGCUGGUGCUCCUCCCCCUCCCCCCCCUCCUGUUGAGAGUCCUCCUCCUGCACCUCCAGCUGAGACCCCUGCUGCACUUCCUCCUUCUGGUGUUGCUCCCCCUCCUCCCUCCGGAACUCCUCCUCCACCUCCGUCUGCCGCUGCGCCGCCCACACCGCCUUCCGGAACUCCUCCCCCGGCUCCUCCAGCCGGUAUGCCUCCAGUUGAGAUGCCUGCUGGUGCACCUGAGGCAGCGUCCCUGGAGGACCAGUACUAA